AUGGAGAUCCCGGUUGGGAUCUACUCUCGAACCACGCGAGUGAGCUUCCCACAGCUCAAGAAGCAGUCGAAGAUGGCGGCAGCCAUCCCAGAGGAGAGCCGGAAGACGGACAAGGUCAUCAUGGACCGGACCUACUAUGCGACCGAUGACAAGGAAGGAGAGGAGGUCAAGAAGGAGGACCGAGUGAAAGGCUACAAAUACGGGCAGAACAUCGUCCCCAUGUCUGAGUACGAUGAGGCGGCUUUGUCCUACUCGUGCGAGCGCACCCUAACCACUCUGGGCUUCGCGGCUGCGUCGUCCAUCACUCCGGAAAGCAGCAUGCACACCGUGGACACUGUGGCAGCUGACAAGGGCGAUGCCUGGGCGCACUACGCCUUCGAGUCGCUUGUCGAGGCGAUGUUGGCCGAACAGCGGGUCCUCAUUGCUCGGUAUGUGUACAGGAAAGACUCGCAGCCCCACAUGGUUGCUCUCAUUCCAAAGAAAGGCGUGGGAUCGGCUUCUCACAUGGUGCUGCAGUUCCUACCCUUCGAGGAAGAUGUGCGACCUUGGACUUGCGCGUCGCUGCCAGAGUCCACAAGUGAUCAGCGCGCAGCCAUGGCCAAGAUUGUCGAUGGGUUAACCUUAUGCUCGAAGGAUGCUGAGAUGCUCAGGCCAGAGGAGACAAGCAAUCCAUCCUUGACACGCUUCUACGAUUUCUUGGCAUCGCGGGCUGUGAAACCAGGCACCCCACUGCCACCGGCCUCGGCCGAGCUCGGUGAGACCAUCCUCGCCCCACCUGCUGCAGCGCUGGCGCAGCUGGACAAAGUCUUUCCAGAGAAUGACCGGGGUCAACUGAAAACGCUGUUCGGUCUUGAGAAAGUCGAGAAGGCUGUCGGAAAAGGUGGGGCCAAACGCUUCUGGCGCGAGGCCAUUGCGGAGAAGAGCAAGAACUCCGCCGCGUUCUUGGGCGAGGUGGACACCAAGAAGAUAAAGGUGGACGCCUUCACCGGUGUGAAGAAAUCGGAGAAGAAGGAUGAAGAGGAGGAUCGUGCGAACAGGGUUAAGGCGGAAGACUCCCAAGAUCAAGGACCUGGCGGAAUGGCUGUGGCUGUUGGGCCGCCACCCCGGGUCCACAUCGGAUCUGUCCACCCCGAAAGAGACUUUGAGCGCUGGCUUGGCGAGCGGCGAACCGGCGGUGUGGAUGUGGUCGGGCCAGCAAUUGAGCAGAUGUGUGAUGUGAUCUUGCGCUUCGCUGAAGAAGGUGAGGAAUUCCACGGCAAGGCCCUCAGCUGCAUGGCGACCCUCAGGCGUGGUUGUGUUCGCGAAGGCGAAGCAGCCAGCUACAACGAGUUCGCACGAAAAAUUCGCCUGCGGAUGACGAAGCGCCUUGGGCAGCUGUGGGAACGCGUCGUGAAGGACGGAGGCCUGGGCCUCAUCACCGACGCAGAGGUCGUCACAAGCACCGUCACCGCAGCGGACGCAAAAGCAUUCCUCGAAGGCGCACUGCAUGGCAUGUCCAAGAUCUGUUCGCUUAGACCCGGCAACAGCCUCUGCCGCUGGACUUUCCGCGACUGCUACAGCGCAGCAAGGCGCCUGCGCAUUGUACAGAGCCGCGAGAGGGACAUCGAAGAUCGAGGCAUGACGGCCUUGCAUUGGAAGCUUCCAGAAGACUUGCUCAAGAACACUUCUAGCCAGAAGUUACGAGAAGAGGCAGAGUUGGACCUGGCAGAAGAUCGCCUACGACUAGGUGAGGCCUGCCUUGCGGAUGCCCUCAAUCUCGUGGUGCCUGUCGAUGAUGGCCAAGCCCAGCUCGCCGAGGUCGUCGAGGAGCUGGAAAGACAGCGGGCUUCUUUGGAGGCAGCCGAGGCGGCACGAGACUCGUUGCAGGAUGAGGCGUCGGACCUGCUACUCCUGCUCCAUGCCGCGGAGUCGCGCUCUGCUGAGCUGGAGAAGAAGCUCACGGCAAGUGCUCCUUCACGUGCAGCUUUGGCCCUUGAAGCUCUGAGGGAGAGCGGGCUGACAGGGGCUGCUGCCUUGGUUGUCGUGCUUGCCAGGCUCUGCGGAGGCCCCCGUCUGGCUUUCUUGGCGAUUGAUGCUAACAACAGCGGCGCAGUGAGCACGUAUGAGUUCGACAGCGCCUUGCGCUUCCGGCUCGGGCUGGACUACGAGGCGAUCACUGGCCUGAAGCUCCGAAGCUUGUUUAAGGAGUUCGACACGCGGCACUGUGGGCUGGUUUAUGGCGUCGACAUGGUGAGUGCUUUUGCACAAGUUUGGAGACGCUAUGGUAUUCCCGAAGAGGUCGCCAGAGAUCCAUUGCUGAAUCCAGACUUGGAAGGGCCAGCGCAUGACGAGGUUCUUCGUGAACAACAGAGGUGGCUGCGUGAGACCCGUCGCCCGGCCUCGCCCCGAAGCGCACGGUCCAGGCAAAGAUCCUCCUCUCCGCAGGGUUCUCCGACAGAGCUGCGCACGCCAAGGAGCGACAUCCUCCAUCAGAAGGCCAGCGUCUCACCAAGAAUCCGCGAUGAGUGGGAUCGCGGCUAUCGGACGGUUGGCAUUCCCGUGUCCCCCCGCAGUCCGCGGGCACUCGAGUUACCAGGGGUAUCCGCCAGGUCACGCCGCCCCGACACUGUGCCUCCGCUGCAGAUGGGCGCAUCGACUGCAUCGAGGCCGGAGAGGUCUCCAGUUCGUGCCAAUCCAAGGCAAGCAUCAUCCGCAGCGACCGCGCCGCUGUCCAGGCCUGCCAACACGGCGGGCGUGAUGGCCGACGGCAGCCUGGCAGCUUCGAAGCAGUCAAGGACUCUCAUGUCUUCGGCUGGUGGCGCGGCGAGGGUGCGGAGCACAUCGUCUUCUGGCCAUUCGGAGCCGCAGGUCAGCAAGAGGUCCCCCAACCGGGCCGGUGCCAUGCCCGAGGGCGCCGGCGCGCCCCGGCCCGCCACCAAAGAUGUAACUGGCAUGGCACCUGGUGUGACUCCUCCUGGUCCUCCUGCUUCCACCUUGAAGCACCCGCCCGCCAGCACGGCCGGGGCCAUGGCUGCGCCCCAGUCCGCACCCGGCACGAAUCAAAGGUCGAUGCGGGAUGGAGCUCACAGAACCGCGGAUGCGCAGAGGCCUCAGGCCCUCAGCCCGGCACCGCGCGCAGCGUCUUCCUCGAAGUCGGGGAGUGGCGCUGCGGGUGCCCCGCCGGCGCAAAUGCCCCGAGGAGCAAG